AUGUCACUAGUUUUUGCUGAGCCUGCUGCUACCGUGGUAAUCACAAAGUGCAAUCCCGUCCACCUGCAGCGAUUUUUGGAGAAAAUUCUAGCAAUACUGAAAGGAGAUGAAGUCUGCUUGAAGGCUUUGGAUACGAUCAAACAAUCUGAUUUCAAAGCGGUUGUGAAGUCUUUGAAAGUGACAAGUGAAAAUUAUCGUGGUAUCACAUAUCCAUCAUCGCUAGAGACGCUUGAGGUUUCUGCACUUGAUCUGCAGUCAGUUGAUAGUCGAUGGUUUUCACUGCCAAUGUUAACCACUUUGGACUUGUCAUGUAAUCGUUUGGGUCAAGCAAGUAAUUUUGUAAAAAUCAAACUCGUAUCCAAGCUGAGAAAUUUACGGGUUUUGUCCUUGGAGAGAAAUGAAAUUAACAUGCUUCCGCCCAUGUUCUUUGAUUUGCUGCCACCAUCAUUGCUGGCACUGAAUCUAUCUCAAAAUCUACUGACUUCGCUGCCAGAGUCUAUAGUCAAAGCUAGGAACCUGCAGAAUUUGAAUUUAAGUCACAAUCUGCUAACAAGUCUGCCCAAAGAUAUUUCUGAUAUGCAACUUCGGUGUUUGUUUCUUGAUCACAAUCGAUUGCCCUGUCUACCUUAUGAUCUCAAAACGAAACGAUUCGAAAAGCUCUACUUUGACUACAACCCUAUGAUUGCUGCGAUACCAGGAGUGCGAAAUCCCACUUUUCCGUCUUUAUGCGCUAUAGCAAUGGCACGGCUGCGCAAAUAUUCGUAG